AUGGCAGAAUUGGAUUAUUUGUUUCUGGGAUCUGUUGGUUUCUUGAUGAUAGCGCUAAUGCUUAUUAUCUUAUGUGUUAUUAAAUUAUAUUUUGAUGAGAAGCGGGCUCGACAGCGUAAUAAAGCGUUAUCCGCAAUGGCAGUUGAUGAAAAUGUCGUGAGAAAUGAGCGUGACGUUGUUGUGGUUGGUGGACGACGGAUACAAACAGCACGUCGAAGAGUACGUCACGAUGUGGGUGGUGACAAUGAUGAUGGUAUAGAUUUCACAACAAGUGCUAGCGUUCAAGCUGACGGCGCUUCUGGACUAGAAGAGGACGAGUCGCCGUUAGCUGAGCUAGCUAAAGAUGAGCAUUUUGGCAAGAAGAAGUUGGCAAAACUUCAAGCCAAAGAAGAACGGCGGAAACAAAGAGAAGCUGAAUUGUUAGAACGAGAAGAACGAAAAAAGUUGGAGCAAGAAAGAGAAGAACACCUACAGAGAGAACGCGAAAAACAGAUGGAGGAAGAAGAAGAGGAGCGCAAAAGGAAACGUCAGGAAAGAGAAGAGCGUGAGAAACGAGAAGAAGAAGAGUAUCGGAAGCUUCGAGAAACUUUCGCGAUUGAUGAAGAAGGAUUCGAUCAAGUUGACGGAGAGGAAUCACAGAAUCUUUUGCGCGAUUUUGAACAGUAUGUUCGCAAGACUAAGGUUGUUAAUAUAGAUGAAUUGGGUGCUCAUUUCAAUCUGCGUGCAGAAGAUGCUGUGGAUCGGCUUAAUUUCUUGGUUAACAAUGGCACUUUAACAGGAGUCAUGGAUGACCGCGGGAAAUUUAUUUAUGUUACUUCAGAUGAACUUAAAGCUGUGGCAAAAUUUAUCAACCAACGUGGUCGAGUAUCGAGAGCAGAAUUAAUUGAAUGUAGCAAUAAAUUGAUUGCCUUAGAAUCACGAUCUGCGGAGCAUGCGCGAGAAGUGAUAGCCUCAUGA